UAGGAGGGUGUCUUUUCAUGGUUUUCAAAAGGCAGAUGUGGCUCUCUUUACUCAGCUGCCGCGGAAGGCAGGGCGAGGUUUGUUUUGCGUGUCGACACCUGUGGCUUUCACAGCGAACACAAAAGGCGCCGAGCCGCCCCCAUCCUGGGGGGGGGGGUGACGUCAAGGCAACAGCACAUGCGAAAGGUUACUCUGUUCCGCCUCAGACGGCCUCCCUCUUCAGAGCACGCACUCCACGGCACGGACGCGAACCUCGGAGGAGUCCGGUUCCGAGUGCCCUCCGCCAAGCGAGCGCUGUCUCGCCCCGGUUUUACCGCACCUGGUCGCAGGCGGUUCGUGAAGGCCCAGUCGAUCCCGAACAUGAGUCAGACGCCACACGGUGGGAAUUAAAGCGCCGUGACAUGAUAAUGCCCACUGCUAAGGAACGCUUUCGUUCAGUUAAAGGACAGCGUGUCUUCAGCAGCUCGACGGAUGGAGAUGCGGUGGCAGCCAAGGUGCGGAAAGCCAAGAGCAUGAGGCUGUUUGAUCCUAGGAAGACGUGGAGCCUGGAAGAGUCUCAGCUGGGCACCCAGGAUCUCAACAAGCAUCAGUCCAAGCCCAUUAGGGCUCAGACGUUCGACUCGGAGACCCACAGCGAGAAGCCAGAGGCUCCCGAAACACGGAGCAGCUUCAUAAAGCACAACAAAACAUUCCACAGGCUCUUUAGAGACAUCCCUGAAAGUGAAGAGCUGACGCACUCCUUCACAUGCGCCCUGCAGAAGGAGGUGCUGUACCACGGCAAGCUCUACGUGUCAGAAAACUAUCUGUGUUUCCACUCCUCCGUGCUGCUCAAGGAGACCAAGGUGGUGGUGCCUGUGGCCAACGUGCGGGCCGUGAAGAAGCAGAACACGGCCCUGGUUGUGCCGAACGCCCUGUCCGUCCGCACCGCAGAUGGAGAGAAGUACCUGUUCACGUCGCUGCGGAACCGGGAGUCCUGCUACAAACUCCUCUGCUCCGUGUGUCUCCACGUGGAGGACCGGAGUGCCAACAGCAGCCCCCAGGUGUCCUCCGCUGAAAAUGGCUUGGAUCGCAGCCGGGAGACGGUACGGAUGCCUUCUGGGCCGCGUGUCCUUUUCCGCUGUGCUCAUGAUGACGGCUCCAUCGCCGGUGUUGCAGCCGUUGAGCGGUCAGCGUCCCGUUCUCUUCCGCAGACCUUAAGUGUGUCCAGUGUUGAGGACAGCAUGGACCUUCCAGAGGAGGCGGACUCCCCGUUGAUCAGACCGAACAGAGAAGCGCCACGCAGAGGGAGCGGCAACGAGAGCAGCGAGGAACAGGAUGUCAGCUCCGGCGAGGAGAGCAGAGCCAGGUCUUGGGUCUGGGCUGUGACCGAGACGGUGAAAUCAGUCCUCAUCCAGACAGAGUCCAGGAAUGUCAACCUCCUGCUCAUCUUCUACCUUGUACUGGUGCUGCUGCUCCUGGUGUCCUCUGGCUACAUUGGCCUGCGCAUCGUAGCCCUGGAAGAGCAACUGAGCUCCAUGGGGGCUCUGCCCCAGUUCUCUCUCCCAAGGGGGUACAAGAAUACGUAGCACCUUGAGCAAGGGGGUGCUAACUGAGGAGAGUGUUAAUAGAGGAAAACCUUGACCAUCACCACCUGCCGCAGGCAACAAUCACGCGAGAAGACCGAACCUCGAAACCAAACGCUCGUUCCCCUCCCGGGACACUGAAACAGAUCGGCUUCAGGUGACUGGACACAGGAGCCAUCCCACUUCGUCCCGUUUCAGUCACGUGACCGCAAACCACGUCCGCAGAGAGCUCGAGGCACCAAUGCCAGCAGCCGGACUGUCGGCCUCCCUCGGAGAGCCUGCGGGAGAAACCCGGGUUCGGCAGAUUCUCAGCAGCAGGGGCCGCUGCUUCCUGGGGUGAACGAACACUUUUGUGCAAUUUCCUUAUUCCUGCCCCUUUUCCAACACAGACCCAAAGAUGCCACAGUCACACUCGGGCGCUCCGCAAGAGAGCCGCUUAAAAGCCGGAUGCGUUCUCCGAUGCAACGAGAUAUUACCUUCCAGCUCAGGGAGGAAGGACGGAUGUCGAGCCGCAACGUCACACCGUGCUGUAAAUGCUCACCAGUAACAAAGCGACAACACGCACCCUGACGUCACACCGUUUCAUGCAGAUGUACAGCUUCUUCCAGUCAUAGUCCAUGCAGUACAGACAUCACUUCCUGCAAAGAUGGGUUUAAAUAAGUCCUCUAAAUAUGAAUUUUUGCUUUUUUCUUUUUUUUUAUUGCAACUUCUUUAACUUAUCACUUUAUCCUGCGGUUAUAUUUUUUUCUAUUGUAAUAAAAUGCGAAAUAAUAUUACGUCAGGGAGAAGGGGUCCUUUUUCUGCCUCGUCGUUAUUAGAUCAGUGUAAAAAUGAACCAAAGUUUGCUUUAGUUUAGAGAGCCUUUUUAAACAAAACUUGGAAACCACUCAAACGCCAUCUAGUUGUAAUGCUUUGCAUUGAAUACCGCGUUUUCACUUGAGAAUCCGAUGGAUCCGGUGGGUUUUUUAAAUCAGACUUUCAAAUUGUGCCCUUACUUGAAUUUCCCUCAUCGGUUUCGGAGAUAAUGACGGUAGCUGCACGAUGAUGAAAAAACGGUUUUGAUAAAAAGUCAGUGGAAUUUACAUAAUUUUGUUGCGUCAGUGGAGGACUGAUCAUAAUGGACCAGAAUGUAUGAGUGAAAGACCUCAAGGUGCAGGGAGUGUAUUGGUGCUUUACAGCAACCGUGAAACUUUUACUGCGUCUGGAUACAUUUUUAUUGCUCAUAAAUCAGAUUAACUCUUGAUUAUAUGAAUGUAAGAAUGUAAAAAGUCUGUCGGGUAGGUACAAUCCCACUGCAGUAGACGUUUUUGAACGAUGGCGUGACAUUCCAUUGACACAGCAGGACAAGUAGGUGUGUGACAUUCCUUUUACUGAAAUGUCAAAAAAAUGUCAUUCUGCUCCUAGUGCCAUAAGACUUUACAUAAUAUGUAUUCGUUUCCUUUAUUUUUCCCCAUUUCUUCCUCUCUGCUGUGUUGUUUUUUAAGCUGCAUAUCGUGAAUUUGUGAUUGUUUGAAUAUUAUACUAUCCAGAUUUUUUUUCUUCUAAUUUCUGAACUCGAAGACCGAUUUGUGCGCCGGUGAAAUGCGAGAUUUUGCCGCAUUUUUGUUUUCCAUGGACGCCCCUCACCUGUAUCCAAAGCACAUCUCCUUAAUCGUGAACUGGAGACGAGAACAGAAAAAAUAUGUAUGAUUGUACAAUAUUGCAUCAUAGCUUGGAAAAAAUAACAAAUCUUUUCAUUACCUUUUGAUGCUGUACAGCAAAUUAACUUUUGCUUUAUUAUUACAGAUUAAAAGCUAAAGCACAUUUUUUAUAUCUUUGAAUUAGUAAAUAAAUAAAUUAGCGAAAAUGCCAGGUCUAUGAAUGUGCUCUGGUGGCUUCAGCUUUAAGGUGGAGGCGUUGAGUCUCAGGAAAUAACAAAGCAAUGGCCAUUAAGGGUCGCGGGGGGGGGGUUCUGCGCUCUUCUCUGGGGUCACAGAAUCUCACAACGCUGAGGUCGUCAGCAUUUAUUUAUUUAUGUUCUUUUUUUUUGGCAUUUUCUCAGUCUGUGAGUAGAUUUUUGUGUCCCUUGAAAUGUGACCCACUGUUACACUUGAGUAGCUCCUUCAAAUCCGCCUCUGUGAGGCCGCCCCUGUUGCUGUCGAGAAAUAAACAGAAAAUUUUAAUAAACUCAUAAAUAU